AUGAUAAGAGAAAGAUCAUGUUUUCAACUUGAUAAUGGAACAUUUGUUGUGAAGAUUGGGUUAAUAAAUAAUUUGAAUUGUUUAUUAGAAUUUUUAAAGCAACAGCAACAAAAACAAAUUAAAACAAGUAGUAAUGCAGAUUCUAAUCCCAGUUUAUCAUUUGAUUUUAUAAAUAAAUAUCCAUUGUUAAAAAAAUUAAUUAUUUGGUAUCAACGAGUUAGCAAUGAAAAUGAAGCUGAUGAAAAUAAAGAUAAAUUUUUAAACCAUUUUAUUGAUACUAUCACUGAUAAUUUGACAAAAUCGAAAAAUAAUUUUCGAUAUAGUAAUUCGAUUAAGAAUUUUGCUUUAUCGUUGUAUAUUUUAGGUGGUAAAUUGACCUAUGAAUUUCUUAGAUUAAAUUUACCUGGAUCUUUACCACAUCUAUCUUUAUUAAAUUCAUUGAUUUCAAGUUCAGAUUCAAGAAUCAGUGAAGGAGAAUUUAGAUUCGAUCAACUUCAAAAACAUUUUGAUAGUCUUAAUGUGCAAUAUGCAUUCGGCUCUGAAGAUUGUACUGGUAUAGUUAAAAGAAUUAAAUAUGAUUCAACAACAAAUACAUUUACUGGAUUUCCUUCAUUACUUGAUCGUGGAGUGCCAAUUAAAUCAUAUUAUCAGACUGACUCAUUUGAUGCAUUAAAAUUAUGGUUCAAUUCAAUUGAUAAAGCAUCGUUAUUGAAUGUACAUAUGAUUCAGCCAUUGCAAUCCACAGAUAAUAGCAGCAUACCAAGUCCUUAUCUAUUAUCAGCAUAUGGAAUUGACAAUACUGCAACCGCGAACGAUAUAUUACAGAGAUGGUGGUAUAUAUUUAAUCAAUCCUUACAAAGAAAUAUCAGAAUCAUUGGUUUUUCUACUGACGCGGAUCCAAAAUAUCUACGUGCUAUGCGUUUAAUGAGCGGUUUUCUUGGAGCUCUUCCGAAUUUUCAAUUUUAUCUUCGUGAACAACAAUUAUUAUUAUUUUUUCAAGAUCCGACACAUUUGGUAACCAAAUGGCGUAAUCGUUUAUUAUCAGCAACAGCAGAAUUAUGUCUCGGAAAUCAGUCAAUAUCGAUCAAUCAUUUGCAUGAUAUUAUUGAAAAUGAUACUUAUUCUAAACUUGAUCAUGGUCUAACAAAAUCUGACAUUAACCCUAAGGAUCGUCAAAACUUUAGUUCUUGUUUGAAAUUAACAUCUAAUGAUCUAUUCAAUAUUUUAAAUGCUACUGCUGAUACUCGUGGAACCUUGCUUUAUUUUCAAGUGUUAAAAAUGAUUAUAGUAGCUUAUAUUGAAAAAACAACAACAAUAGUUGAAACAUAUUUAUCGGUUGAAAUAAAUGCUCAUAAUUUAUUAUAUUUAAUUUUACUUGUCAAACAAAAGCAGUUACCACCACAAGCAUUGAAUAUUCCUAUUUUUAACUCGCAAGCUUGUGAAUCAAUUUUUAGAAAUACACGAGCGUUAAGUGGAAUUUAUUCAACCAUAGUCAACUUUACAGUACAUGAUUUUCCACGACGUGCCCAAAGAUUAUCAUUAUUGAAUGACAUUAAAUGUAAACAGUUACAUAGUGGUUCAGUUGACAAGUUAGUCUUUCCGGUUCAUUAUAAACAUCGGGUUGAACGUCAAUCAUCAUUUACACACAGUCAACUUGAAAUUGAUGAAAUAGACAUCGAACGAGUUAUUACUGAUGCCUAUCAUCAUGCUGUUGAUAUGCUUGAAGGUCUAGAUAUAUUGAACUUAUUGGAAAAAAAACAUGUUCUUGGAUUAAAACCAUUAAGGGAAUAUUUAUUUCGACAAUUAAAUUCCAAUUCACAAAAACAUAAUUACUCUUCUCAAAUAAGCAAUAUAGACGAUGAAGUAUUUGAAAGUGACGAUGAUAAUGAUGAAGAUGGAGAUGACACAACAAAUGAUCUCAGCAUGAAUGAGGACAAUGAUGAUAGCUCUAUUAACAACGAUUACACUGAUGAAGAUGAACAAAAUAACACUCAAGAUUUAAUAAAUACUACAAAGAAAGACUUCUCUGGAGUAAAAGUUGCUGAUAAAGUGGAGCCUCAUAUUGAACAUACCUAUUUUAAAGUGAAAUUAAAUCAUGAUACAAAAUUUUUACACAAACAAACUGCUUGUUGGUUGUUAACAGAAGAGAAAAGUAAACUUUCAAAUGACCGAUUACUUCGCGUGCAACAGGUCAAUAAAUGAUAAUAUAAAUGGUUUUUUCUUUUUCUUUUAUAGUGUUUGUUUGAUUUUUUUCAAUAAAGGGUAUAUUUUGUUGAAUUUAAAAUUUUUUUAUUCAUUGAAGGUGUUGUAUAUGGGUGGUGCACAGAUACUGUGCGAACAUCUCAAAAGUGGAGCCAGUAUAAGUUUAAUUCUAUGUAACAGGUGAUGAAAAGUAAAACCAAUAUACAGCAGUAUUACAUGUCUAUAAUAUACUUGUGAAGUCCUCUCCAGAAUUUCAAACGACUCCACUGGACUCCAUUGGACUCCAUUGGACUCCACUGGACUUCACUGGACUCCAUUGGAUUGGAGUCCGCUAUUUCCCCCUUGCGUUACACGCAUGUCACAGUCUGUUAGACCAUAUUACGCACUUCUUAACCAAGAAAGUUCUUUUUUUUUCUUGUUAGAAAAAGCAAUGUCUAAAGUAUAAGUUUUGUACCAGACAUAUUUUAGCAAGGCUAAUCUGAAGAGAAGAAAAAGCCUAACGCAAAAUACCCUCAAACAAACAGUUCUUGAAACUUUACUAUUGAGCAACAGCAUUGUUUAUUUUUUGUCAGUUUCCUUUUUAUAUCAGAGGGAAAAUGAAAAAAAUAUGUUUAAUGCUGAUUUCUGUAGCGUAAAGAAUGCUCUGUUCAACGGUGUAUCGGAAAUGAAAGUUAUUCUUGCUUUUUUUAAUAACACAAUAUAGCUUUCUCUUAAAUAAUAUUGUGUAAAUGAGUCGUUGUUGCUACCUGACUGAUUUGCAACCAUAAGAGAAUGUUUUCUUGAAUUGUUUUCUCUACUAAAUUUUUAUGACCUGAACUAUUUCGAAUAAAUAACACAAAAAGAAUUCAGUUUGCAUACAAUUUCUGAAGAUGACGAAUGGUGUCUCUGGAAACUGAUAUUUCUUGGAAAAGACUGUAUUCUACAAAAAGUUUUUGUCUUUCUAACUUUCAUGAUUAAAGAGUCGGGAAGAGAUCUAACAAAUUUUGUCAAAGUUGAUAUUAAUAGAUUUCUCGAUGCGCUGCAUAUUUUAUGUAUUUUUACUCCAAAAUCGAUUCAUUCAUGUAGCUCAAGCUAGUUCACACAUGUAGACUUUUCAAUUUGAAAAAAUAUUGCGAGGAUUUUUUUAAGAGGUGUUUGAUUUUAGGCUUUUCCUCUUCAAUAGAUUUGUUCUGGAGCAAUAUAUCUCCCAAGCUGUCCUCCGAUAGGCAUGGGAUUUUCAGAUCAAGAGCUCGGAGUGCCAUUUUCUGAUGGGUAGAGGACUCAGCGAUGCAUGUUAUUUAUUAAGGCAUCCCCCCCCC